AUGUUUAGUGGUUACUGCCAACAACUUGAUACCCAUCUUCCUGAGGCGACUGUCCAUGAAGUGCUCCUUUUCUCUGCUAAUCUUUGCCAGCCACAGUUGGUUCCUCUUGCUGAAAAGGAAGCAUACAUUGACAAAUGUCUUCAAAUGUGUGGUCUAGAGGAGUAUGCUGACACUAUUGUUGGCUCUCUCGGGGUUGAGUGCCGUAAAUGUACCACCAUCGCAGUGGAGCUCGCUGCCAAGCCCAAACUUCUACUCUUCUUGGAUGAGCCUAUGUCCAGCCUAGACUCACAAUCUGCCUGGGCUAUUGUCCAUGUCCUUCGUGAGCUUGCUGAUUGUGGUCAGGCCAUUCUCUGCACAUGA